GUUAUCCAAAACGGAGGGCAUCGGGACCUCGCCUCACCCAACACCGAGGAGCCAGCUGAGCUUAAACCUCACCAGCUCGAAGAUAUCGCAACGUGCCGUCUCCAUGGAGGCGGCUACUCUGACGAUAGGCUCCCGGUGCCUGGCCUCCGCCGCCGCUAAUGGCGCCCACCGUGGUGCAGCGGCCGCAACGGCGCAGCGUCCCGGAGCAAAGCUUCCCCGGCGGGCGCGGCGGCUCCGCGCGCUGCCGCCGGAGCUGAGCGAGAUCCUCGCGCCCAAGCUGGUGCCCGGCUCGCCGGCCGACACCGGCGACGUCUCCUCGCUCAUCCCGAUCAGUGCCGUCAUGCUGCUCUUCUACUUCGUGUCCAACUGGGUGUUCCCGGCGGUGGUCAUGCGGGGGAUGCAGCCCAACGCCGAGGACGAAGCUGCCGCUGCGGAAGCAGAAUCCAUGGCGUCGUCGUCGCAGCCGCAGCGAGGGGAUGCCGUCGACGGUAAGAUCCGGCGAAAGGUCAGGAGGAAGAAGAGCAGAAAAGCCGCCACGGAAGCGUAACUCGCAUACGCUGAUACGCAUGUCUUCCGAAAGGCCUUGUCAGAAAUUCAGAAUACACUGCUCUUGUUGUUCUGACAGUAAUAGCAAAAAAGAUCAGGACAGCAGAGUCUUUUUGUUCUCCAAGAGAAUAACAGAGUAAUAACCACCGAAUUACUCUGUGAUCAAGAAACAUCCGUGCUUAUUGUUUUUGCAACUCAUAUUAGUACUAGUGUGUUACCAAACAUUGGUUCGUGUAACUGGUGGUGAAAAUUUCUGGGAGAAAAUGUCAAGAUUCGCCAAGAA